UUCUUCGUUGGUGGUAAAAGAUGCAUUGAUAAUGUGGUAAACAGCCGCGGGGCCUUGAAGCGCUGCCGAACACAACACAGCCUGAUAUCUGAUAACUGUGAGCGGAGAUAGCUGUGGACAGUUCAGUGGCUUCGAUGCGAGGAGUUCCUGCGUGCAGUGACUCGCCUCGUACUCUGGAUCCGGCUCAUAUUUUCAGUUUGGUGAGACAACAUUAGCCUUUAGCCAGUUAGCCAGAUAAUGCUCGCUAGCUAAACGGUACGACGGACUCGUAGCUCCAUUUUAGACUGAACGACACUUUCUCAGGUCACGUCAACCCCCUCCCAUACACAUGAGUGCCGUUUUCUCCUCGCGCUGGGCCGAGCGCCAUGCCUGACCGGGACAGUUCCUACCUGUCAGGUGGUGGUGGGAGUGCUGGUAGUCUGGGUGAGGAAGGGGGACCUGUGUCUGGUUUAGCAGGGGGCUCGGCGGAGGGCAGAGGAGGUUCAGGAGGAAGUGUUGGAGGCAACGUCUCUGGCCCUGGGAGCAUGGGGGGAGGAGGGGCCCUCGGUAACGGCAACAGCUGUGGGAACGGUGGAGGCCAAGGUGCAGGGCUGGCGCUGGACGGCGUCUGCAGGGACUUCAUACGCAAUGUCUGCAAGAGAGGGAAGCGCUGCCGCUUUAGACACCCAGACUUUAAUGAGGUGCCGGACCUCGGGGUGCAGAAGAACGAAUUCAUCUUCUGUCACGACCACCAGAAUAAGGAGUGUAUGCGCGCCAACUGCCGCUUUGUCCACGGCUCGAAAGAGGACGAGGACUAUUACAAGAAAACCGGAGAGCUACCCCUCAGACUAAGAGGGAAAGUUGCAGCACGACUGGGCCUCUCCCCCAUGGAUCUCCCCCAUAGCCGUGGGGAGGUCCCUAUCUGCAGAGACUUCCUGAAGGGAGAGUGCCAGAGGGGGAAUAAAUGUAAAUUUCGCCAUGUCAAAAAAGACUAUGAAUACGAGCCUUCCAGGGUUGGAGUGGGCGGUGUUGUGGGGCCGGGCGCCAGUGGAAUGGUGAAUCCCGGGGGAGGCAUAGGUGGCGGAGGAGGAGGUGCCUGUGGAGGAAUGCAGGGACUUGUGGGAGGUGGAGGUGUAAGUAAUAUGAUGGGGAUGGGUUGCCCUAGCCUGGGUGGGUGCAGAGAUCCAGGUAUCUCAGGAGUUGGGGGAGUAGGUGGAGGUGGGAUAAGCGGUUGUCUGUCCAUAAGUUCUGCAGGUCAACGGCGUUAUGACAGGAGCGCGUGCUCAGUGUAUGACCCUCUGCUUGAAAGUGGGCUAUUUGAUCCUGGCUCCCUCGAGGCCUCUAUGGACCACACUGCUCUACAGCUGAAGAGGCGGCGGUUGGAGGGGCUGCGUCUGACAGAUGGGAGUGGAGUUGGGCACUAUGAGCUGGGAGUUCAAGCGACCUUGCCACCACGUCCUCUGGAGUACAGGUUCCUGGAGGAAGAAAACUCCCUGCUGAGGAAGAGAGUGGAAGAGUUGAAGAAGCAGGUUAGAAGGAGAAAUGGGGGAAAAAAAUUAUACUGGACUGAAAGACCUUUCCCACAAAAAUAGUAUUUUAGACAUUUUUGUAUUUAUCAUGAAAUAUGAGUUGUCUUCUUAACAACUAAUACCAGAUGCAGUGGUGUGCAAAGUAACUGCCACAUUUGUCAGUAUAAUGCAGUUCAGUACAGUGUGUUAACAAAGUCAAAGUCUUAACAAAUAGCUGCAUUUGAAGAUCAACAAAGGUAGAAUUUAUUGUAGGCUGUUGUAUCUGAUUACAUUAUAUUGUCAAAUGUACACUGUACGCUUCAUGCACUGAAUUGAUUAUAAUGGUCAUUUCACAUGACACUAUCAUGUGAUUAUUAUUAUUAUUAUUAUUAUUAUUAUAGUGUCAAAUUCAACUUUAGUCAUAAUGACUUCAGUUGACUUAAUAUAUCUCGCUGCCAAAUCGCAGGUAGAGUGAAGUUUCUUUGACGGCUGCACAGGAGAGGAAGCAAAUAAUCUUCAUCCAACGCAAGAUUAGUAUUGUAUAAAGUUACCACAGCAUCUGUGGGUCGGCAUAUCAAGCAAACAACCACCCAACUGAACAAACAACUUGCUAAGGACCAAAAGUUUGAAGUAGAGCUGAAAUAUUUAGUCAAUCGAUUAGUUGAUCAACAGACACUAUAUUGAUUAAUGACUGACUGACUUAUUUUUUAGUACAGAUCUCAAAUAAUUGAUUAAUGUUUUCAUUUUUGACCAUAUAUAUUCAAAGAUAACAUACAUAAUUGAAUAGUUGAUGGAAAAUAAGCAUUAGUUUGUUACCUGAUCACAAAUGUUGGUAUUCCCUGGUCUGUAUUUAAAUUAGCUGUCAGAGUGAUAGCAACUUUUUUGCUGACGUUUGGUUAACAGGCUGUACUGGAAGACAGAGCAGUGUCCAAGCUAUUUAUGCAACAAGAAAAGGUAAAAGUUCAACAUG